GUUCACUGUUAUUCGUAUUACAUACAUAUGAAGUACAUGGUUUUACGGGAGUGCUUCUUAAGUUUGAAUUGAAAAGAUUUUAUUAAAUUUCAAUAGAAAUGGUUCAAGAAGAAGAAGCCACUGUUCAGUCUAAACAUGUAAUGUUGGAUUACAUAGAACGUAGCAGAAUAUCACAUAAAUUAGUUUUUUACAUUAAUGGAAAGGAGGUGGUGGACGAUAAAGUCGAUCCAGAAUGGACUUUACUUUGGUAUUUGAGAAAUAAGUUGCAUUUGUCUGGCACGAAACUGGGCUGCGCAGAAGGCGGUUGUGGAGCAUGCACUGUAAUGAUAUCGAAGGUGGACCGUGCAACCGGAGUUAUUACACACUUGGCAGUGAACGCAUGUUUAACACCAGUGUGUGCUAUGCAUGGUCUAGCGGUUACCACAGUUGAAGGUAUCGGAAGCGUUAAAACGAAACUUCAUCCGGUACAAGAGCGCAUAGCUAAAGCACACGGGUCACAAUGCGGUUUCUGCACACCUGGAAUUGUGAUGUCAAUGUACGCGUUACUACGAACGACUCCAAAGCCAAGCAUGAAGGACCUUGAAAUCGCAUUUCAAGGCAACUUAUGCAGAUGUACUGGAUACCGUCCUAUCAUAGAAGCUUAUAAAACUUUCACGGAAGAAUGGGAAACGUUGCAAUUAAUGUCGAAAGAUAAAGAGAGAUCUUUGCAAAGCGGAAAAUGUCCAAUGGGAGAAAAUUGUUGCAAGAAAAUACCGAUAGCAGAACCCACAGAAGUUUUUGAUUCAAAAGAAUUUCAACCAUACGAUCCUUCUCAGGAAGUUAUAUUUCCACCUAAAUUACAUCUGUCUUCAUACUUAGAUGAAGAAUAUUUGAUAAUAAAAGGGGAAAAUGUUACUUGGCAUAGACCAAAAACGCUUACAGAAUUGCUACAUCUAAAAAACCAAUAUCCAAACGCAAAAAUUGUCGUGGGUAAUACCGAGAUAGGAGUUGAAGUUAAGUUCAAGCAUCUAUCUUAUCCAGUUCUUAUACAACCUACUUUAAUUAAAGAAAUGCGUAGUGUUGAUGAAUAUCCUGAAAUGAUGAAUGUGGGUGCUAGUGUUACACUUGUAGAAUUGGAAAAGUCCCUGAGAAAUCAAAUUGAUAAGAAACCCGAAUAUCAAACAAGAAUUUUCAAUGAAAUAAUUAAUAUGCUUCAUUGGUUUGCUGGAAAACAAAUCAGAAAUGUUGCCGCUGUUGGUGGAAAUGUAAUGACAGGAAGUCCAAUAUCAGAUUUAAAUCCAAUUUUUAUGGCUGCUGGAGUAAAAUUAGAAGUUUGUAGCUCUAAAAAUGGAAACAGGCUUAUUCCAAUGGAUCAUACUUUCUUUAAGAGUUAUCGACAAAACGUUGUUUCACCGGAGGAGAUCUUGCUUUCAAUUCAGAUACCCUUUACUGAAAAAAAUCAAUAUUUUGUUGCAUAUAAACAAGCAAGAAGGCGAGACGAUGAUAUUGCUAUCGUUAACAUGGCAUUAAAUGUAUUUUUUAAGCCUGAAACUAACGUCGUAGAUAAAGCAUAUUUGGCUUUUGGUGGUAUGGCUCCAACCACUGUUUUAGCGAGAAAAACUUGUGAAACCAUGAUUGGAAGAAAAUGGGAUACAGAUCUUCUGGAAACUGUUUAUGACUCAUUAUUGAAUGACUUACCUUUACCGGAUAGCGUUCCAGGUGGAAUGGUCAAAUAUCGCAAAUCGUUAACUUUAAGCUUAUUUUUUAAAGGAUUUUUACAUAUAGCUAAGAAACUUCAAGUAUUGUCGGAUUCUCUGUCUUUGCGGAAAGAAAUAGAAAGUGCAGCUGAUGGAUUUCAUUCCAAAGAACCAAAUAGUUCACAAUAUUAUCAAAUGAUUCCAAAGGAUCAAGAAGCAAAUGAUUUAAUUGGAAGGCCUGUUGUUCAUGCCAGUGCAUUUAAACAGGCAACGGGAGAAGCAAUUUAUUGUGACGAUAUGCCGAAGUAUACCGAGGAGCUUUAUUUAGCUUUGGUUUUGUCUACUAGAGCCCACGCAAAAAUUUUGAAAAUUGAUGCAACCAAAGCAGUAUCAUUAGAAGGUGUAGUGGCCUUUUUUAGCGCGAAAGAUAUACCUGAAAAGCAACGAUGGCAUGGUCCUGUAUUUCAUGAUGAAGAAGUUUUUGUAUCAGAUAAGGUAACCAGUCAUGGUCAAUUAAUUGGGGCAAUUGUAGCAGUUAAUGAGAAUAUCGCACAGAGGGCAGCCAGAAUGGUUGAAAUAGAGUACGAGAACUUAGAACCAGUGAUUAUUUCUAUAGAGGAUGCUAUCGAACAUCGUUCCUUCUUCAACGAAACUCCAAAAUGUAUUAGAAACGGAGAUGUAGGGAAGGCCUUUUCCGAAUCACCACAUAUUCUUGAAGGAGAAAUUCGUACAGGAGGACAGGAGCAUUUUUAUCUGGAGACAAACGUGACUUUAGCAGUUCCGAAGGAAGAAGACGAAAUGGAAAUAUUCUGUUCCACGCAGCACCCUUCAGAGAUUCAAACACAUAUUGCACAUGUUUUAAACAUUCAUGCUAAUAAAAUUGUAGUAAAAGUGAAAAGAUUGGGUGGUGGUUUUGGAGGAAAGGAGUCUCGUGCUACAGUACUUGCUCUACCUGUUGCUUUCGCUGCGCAUAGAUUAAGAAAACCAGUACGAUGCAUGUUAAAUAGAGACGAAGAUAUUAUGAUCUCUGGAACAAGACAUCCUUUUCUGUUCAAGUAUAAAGUUGGAUUUGAUAACAAUGGUGCAAUUAAAGCGGCUCAAGUUUACAUUUACAAUAAUGCUGGUUAUUCUUGCGAUCUUUCUUUUGCGGUUGCGGAACGUGCUAUGUUUCAUUUUGAAAAUUCUUAUAAAAUACCAGCAUGUGAAGUGUACAGUUUUGUAUGCAAAACUAAUCUACCGUCGAAUACAGCGUUCCGUGGUUUUGGAGGCCCACAGGGAAUGUUUGCCGCUGAAACGAUGAUAAGACAUAUUGCAGAGUAUUUAAAUAUCGAUGCUAUUAAGGUUUCAGAGUUAAAUUUAUACAAAGAAGGAGAUACAACUCAUUAUAAUCAAAAGCUUCUUAAUUGUACUGUACGGCGUUGUUGGGAAGAAUGUGUUUUAUCCUCGAACUACAAUGAUCGGCUUGUACAAAUUCAAAAAUAUAACAGAGCAAAUAGAUACAAGAAAAGGGGGUUGGCAAUAGUCCCAACAAAAUUCGGUAUCUCAUUCACUACCCUCUUUUUGAAUCAGACAGGGGCACUUAUACAUGUUUAUACGGAUGGGUCUGUAUUAAUUAGUCAUGGCGGUGUUGAAAUGGGGCAAGGUUUACACACAAAAAUGAUACAAGUUGCUAGUAGGUCAUUAAAAGUAAAACCAGAAAAGAUACAUAUAAUGGAAACUGCUACAGACAAAGUACCAAAUACAACUGCCACAGCAGCAAGUGCUGCUUCAGAUCUGAACGGUAUGGCUGUUAUGAAUGCUUGUGAAAAAAUUAUGAAACAAUUAAAACCAGUGAUUGAUAAAGAGCCAAACGGAACGUGGGAAGAGUGGAUAGCAAAAGCUCAUAUGGAAAGAAUCAGUCUUUCUGCCACUGGCUUUUACAAAACUCCUGGUAUAGGAUACUCGUUCGAAACUAAUUCGGGAAAUCCAUUUAAUUACUUCACAUAUGGCGUUGCAUGUUCAGAAGUAGAGAUUGAUUGUCUCACUGGUGAUCACCAAGUAUUACAAACUGAUAUUGUAAUGGAUUUGGGCCAAAGUCUAAAUCCUGCAAUUGAUAUUGGUCAAGUAGAAGGAGCGUUUGUUCAAGGAUAUGGUCUGUUUACAUUGGAAGAGAUGGUAUAUUUAAGAAAUGGAGCUGUUUGCACUAAAGGCCCAGGUGCAUACAAGUUGCCUGGCUUUACUGAUAUUCCUGAAGUAUUUAAUGUGUCCUUAUUAAACAGUGCAUCGAACCCUAGAGCCGUUUAUUCGUCCAAGGCUGUUGGAGAACCGCCACUGUUUCUCGCAUCAUCUAUUUUCUUUGCAAUAAGAGAAGCUAUUCAAUCUGCUCGUGAAGAAUUUGGUGUUAAAGGCUACUUUCGGUUAGAUGCACCUGCAACUGCAGCUCGUAUUCGACUGGCAUGUGUCGAUGAGCUCACAUCCAAGAUUAAGGAGCCAGAUUUACAGUGUGAAUGGAACAUUAUUCCAUAAAAAUAUAUUGAUAAACUAGACGAAUAA